GAAUUGAGGGCCGCCUUUGAUAAACAAACCCCACGGCUGUCGCUCUCGGCUGCAGUUCAGGCGGGUUUCCCCGGGGGUGCCAUCAAUAAGGCUUAUGAUAUACCAGCGAUGGCUAAGGCACUGGAUUUUAUGAGCGUAAUGACUUAUGCCCUAGCUGGCGUAUGGGAUCAUAAGACUGGCCAUAACUCGGCAUUUCAAAAGUCCAUAGACUAUACACAAUCAUACGUAACGAAAGGUAUGCCCAAAGACAAGGUGUUGAUAGGAGUGCCCUUUUAUGGCAACGUAUUAACCCUACAAAACCCGGCCCAACACCAAAUGGGUGCUCCCAUUACCGGUGCCGGUAAUAUACCGGGCGGACAGGAUGGGUCCGCCCUGUAUAGUCAAAUGUGCGAUUUAGUCAAGAAUAAGGGUUGGCCAAAGGAGACACCUGAUCAGGGUCACGAUCCAAUUUCCUACCAUGGUAAUAUAUGGGUUUGUUAUGAUGAUCCGUACGCCGCCUACGACAAGAGUAAUUGGGCUAAAAUCAAUGGUUUUGGUGGUGUAAUGGUGUGGGAGAUUGCCCAGGAUGACAUUAAUGGUCCAUGCUGCUCGGUGAAAUUUCCAAUGCUCCGGGCAAUUAACAAUGGUUUACUUGGCACAGGUCAGGCACCCGCCACCUACGGCUGUGAACACAAAUAAUUUUGCUUUUUAAUGAUUUAUAUUUAUAGACAUAAUGUUAGC